GCCCGCUGGAGAGCCGCCGUCAGGAGGUGGCCCCGGCCCCGCCAGGUCCGGCCUGGAGCGCCCCAGGGUGCUCGCCGCUCCGGCGCUCCGGGCGUGCCGUCCUGGUUGUCGAGCCUCGGGUGGGGGCCGCGCGGCGCGGCCAGGCCGCUCGCCUUCUCUUCCCGCCCCUCUAAUCUAAACCAUGCGGGGCGCCCAGCCCAGCCCGGCCGGCGGGGCCCGAGGGCCGCGGGGAGGGCUCGGGCCGCGCGGUGGGCGAGCGGGCGGCCAGCUCAGGGCUCGGGGUCCUGGGCCUGAGGAGCCGGGGGACCCUAGAACCCCCCUCCCCGGGGGGCGGCGGGCGCGGACUGAUUGACAGCGGCGACGUCAGCGCGGGGGGGGGGGGGGGGGGGCGGCCCCGGAGGGAGGGAGGGAAGAGGAGGGAGCUGAGGCCCCAAAGUGAAGCCUCGGAGAUCAAGGGCCCGCUCCACAGCCGGGAUGUGUCCGGCCCCGAGGGCGCGGCGGGCAGCGGGACCCUGACCCAGCGGGCCCGAGUCGGAGCCCCGGCUGUCCCGUGCUCCUCGGACCCGAGCCUGCAGUGGACCUCGGGCCGCAGGCGCCUCCGCAUGCGGCAGCGCAGUUAGGGAGAUGCUGCAGGAUAAGGGCCUGUCGGAGAGCGAAGAGGCCUUCCGGGCCCCGGGCUCAGCGCUCGGCGAGGCCACCGCCGCCACCGCCGCCAGCGCCCCGGAGCCCGCACUGGCUGCACCGGGCCUCAGCGGAGCCGCGCUCGGCAGCCCUCCGGGCCCCGGCGCCGACGUCGCCGCUGCCGCCGUCGCCGAGCAGACCAUCGAGAACAUCAAGGUGGGCCUGCAUGAGAAAGAGCUCUGGAAGAAGUUCCACGAGGCGGGCACCGAGAUGAUCAUCACCAAGGCGGGCAGGAGGAUGUUCCCCAGCUACAAGGUAAAAGUCACAGGCAUGAACCCCAAGACCAAGUACAUCCUGCUGAUCGACAUCGUCCCUGCGGAUGACCACCGCUACAAGUUCUGUGACAACAAAUGGAUGGUGGCGGGGAAGGCUGAGCCCGCCAUGCCAGGAAGGCUCUAUGUCCACCCGGAUUCUCCUGCCACUGGUGCCCACUGGAUGCGGCAGCUGGUCUCUUUCCAGAAGCUGAAGCUGACAAACAACCACCUGGACCCCUUCGGCCAUAUCAUCCUCAACUCCAUGCACAAGUACCAGCCGCGGCUACACAUCGUAAAGGCUGAUGAGAACAACGCUUUUGGCUCCAAAAACACUGCCUUCUGCACCCACGUGUUCCCGGAGACCUCUUUCAUCUCUGUGACCUCCUACCAGAAUCACAAGAUCACACAGCUGAAAAUUGAGAACAACCCUUUUGCCAAGGGAUUCCGGGGCAGUGACGACAGUGACCUGCGUGUGGCCCGGCUGCAGAGCAAAGAAUAUCCCGUGAUCUCCAAAAGCAUCAUGAGGCAGAGACUCGUCUCCACCCAGCUCUCAGCCAAGCCCGACGUUAGCCCCCUGCAUGGCACCCACCAGGCACUCCAGCACUACCAGUAUGAGAAUGGGGCUCAUAUGCAGUUUGCUGCAGCUGAGCCACAGGACCUUCCCCUCAACACCUUCCCAGCCCAGAGGGACUCAAGCCUCUUCUAUCACUGCCUGAAAAGACGAGCAGACAGUGGCCGCCACCUGGACUUACCCUGCAAGCGAUCCUAUCUGGAAGCUCCCUCUGCAGUGGGGGAGGAUCAUUAUUUCCGUUCUCCCCCUCCCUACGACCAACAGAUGCUGAGCCCCUCCUACUGCAGUGAGGUGACCCCAAGAGAAGCCUGUAUGUACUCAGGUUCAGGGCCCGAGAUUGCUGGGGUGUCUGGGGUGGACGACUUGCCCCCACCCCCACUGAGCUGUAACAUGUGGACGUCAGUCUCACCAUACACAAGCUACAGCGUUCAGACAAUGGAGACUGUGCCUUACCAGUCCUUUCCCACGCACUUCACCGCCACCACUAUGAUGCCUCGGCUGCCUGCUAUCUCCGCUCAGAGCUCCCAGCCACCAGGAAACACCCACUUCAGUGUCUACAAUCAGCUCUCCCAGUCUCAGGUCCGAGAGCGGGGGCCCACCGCCUCGUUCCCCAGGGAGCGCGGCCUCCCUGCAGUGUGUGAGAGGAAGCCGCCCUCUCCACACUUGAAUGCUGCCAAUGAGUUUCUCUACUCUCAAAGCUUCUCCUUAUCCCGGGAGGCUUCCUUACAGUAUCAUUCAGGAAUGGGGACUGUAGAGAACUGGACUGACGGAUGACUGCCAUGUCUCAACAGCCCCAGGAUCAUGUUAAUCCAGUAUUAACCUCUGUGGGUGGCCUGCACUACCGAGAAACACAGGAAAGUAUUUCAAAGGGUGGCGUGUGUGUGUGUGUGUGUGUGUGUAUUUGGAGAGCAUCUAUCUUCUGACAUACAGUUGAUGCCAUGACAAGGGAAAAAACGCAGUUAUCUAAGAAGUGAUUUUGGCUGCAGGACCCAGAUCCAUUGUUAUCUGACAUCUCUUGACAUGCCCACGAGUGGGAUGGAGUGGAGAGUUCAUGUGAGUUAUUUAGAGGUUUUUAUACUAUUAUCGUGAUUUACUCAGGGGCCAGGUGACGAGGUCUGUCCCACAGGGAAAGUUGGGGAAGAUUCUCCUCGCUGGGGUGGGUGGGCUCUCUGCACAUCUUAGAGUUCCUGGCCUUCUAUUUGCAGGGGAGCUGAGAAUCUUGUUUUGGGAGCAGGAAGCCUACUCUUUUGGCUUCUGGAGAUUCUGUGAGACUACUUGCGAGGUGGGCUCAGCUAACCCAUGAAGGACGCUCUGAGAGUAGAACUGACUGUUCAGUGAGUGGCCUAGAAAUUAAGAGUAGAGCUGACUGCUCAGUUAGUGACCUGGCAAUUGAUCCCUGGAGCUCUGAAGUCUGACUUUUAGAGAGGGUCAUUGUCAGGCGCCACCUGAUGGGUAUUUAAAAUUUUUUUCCAUAAGAGGAGGGAAAAUGCAACCAAUUGCAUCUCUGUCAUCAUUCAGGUUUCCUUAUAGAGUCCAAAGCUCUUUCCCUCAGUUCCCGACGUAGAAUCUCUCACUCUCUCUGGUGUGCAAGACUCGGACUCUCAGGCACCAUCUGCAUCCUACGACUGGCAAUUAUGAAACACACUUUACCUGGCAACAUCCCCAGGAGGCCGCAUUGGAGCUGCUGCCAGGCAUCCACAGCCUGUUCUGCUCCCAGAAAACCCUCGCCUCUGCAGCAAGAAAGCCCAACAGAAAUAAAAACGAGAAUUGAGAAAACAUUCAUUUCUUCCAGUAAAUUCAGCCAAUGAGCUCAGAGGAGCGAGGAUAAUUCUUCUCCAGUGAGGUGAUCUGGUAGUCCUCAGCUCUUUAGCGUUGAACAGCACCAGACCAGCCACGUGACUGGUGUGAACUCUGUAAUCGAAUUUGGGAAAUCACUAAACUCUUUGCAUGCUGAAUAGCUAUUUAUAUAUUAUAUAUAAAUAAAUAAAUAUAUAUAUAUAUAUCUCACAAAUGCAGGCCACAUGUUAAAUUCAGCUUUGCUUUUUUACAAAUGAAUAAACUUAAUAAAAUGAACGUUGGAGGGGUA